UUGACAGCUGAUAUAUGUUUUCUAGCGAUCAAGUGCUCUCAAUCAAGUUUAUUGUUAUAAUUGUUGCUGUGGCGUUAUAAUUAAUUAUUGAAAAUACGUUUUAAAAGUGUUAAAUAAAAGAAAAAUGGAAAAGCAAGUAUAUACAGAGCAACCCCCGCCUUACUCGGCGACCGUGCCACCACCACCAGGGCCACAAGGUUAUCCACACCCCCAGCCGCAACCACAACCACAACCACAACCACAACCUGCACAAGGGGCGUUUCCCCCACCACCACCAGGUUACACUCCGUAUGGUACAACACCACAAGCAAAUGCAUAUCUACCCAACUAUGGCGCAACUAAUAUUAUAAUACAACCUCCCAUAAUAGCAGUUGGUGCUUGUCCUGCCUGCCGAGUAGGUAUACUUGAAGAUGACUUUACUUGUCUCGGAAUUUUAUGUGCUAUCCUCUUCUUUCCUUUGGGUAUCUUGUGCUGUCUCGCAUUGAAAAAUAGAAGGUGCUCAAAUUGUGGUGCUAUGUUUGGAUAGAAUUGGGAUAACUCGAAAAUAUCUCAAAGGCUCCAUACUUGAGGGUGUUGUUUGUGCUACUUAACAUAGAGUUUGGUAAAUAUUAAGUGAGUUGAAUAUACAUCGGGACAACUUUAUUUAAAAAAAAUAUGUUUUAUAACAUACACCUACGCUAGAAUCACAAGGCUUAAUCAUUAAUUGUAACUCAUUGUUAAAGUGCACAAACAUGAAUAAUGAUUAAAAAAUAUUACCGUCCAAUUUUUCAUAUUAGAUAGAUUAUCAUAAUAAAUGGGUACAAUAUUUUUUUUUCAAGUAAAACUGUUGAAUUGUUAAAUAAACUGUAUGGAGCCAGAAAUGAAAUCACAUCACUUGUUUUGUAUCACAGAAAGCAUUAUUGUAUAAAAAUGAAUGUUUUACUGGAUGGACUCACUGUCAACCCAUUAUAAACUUCGUAAUUUUCUUCAUUUCCUAUUAAUAGUGGUAAUGUACUUGAGUUUGAGCCCUCAAAUGUCCUGAGAGCAAAGUCCUUUUCUCUUAAGAAGAUUUUAAGAUUAUUCCACAAUGUAUGUAAUAUGCUUAUGGCCACUAUUUAUUUAGAAAAAUAUUUUUGAAAUUCAAUAUUCAUAUCAUCCAGAAUGACCAUUAUACUACCUGCUGGAUUACCUAAGAAUAAAAGUGCUUUGUGUUGCUAUAUGAUAAGAGGCAGUAGGUUCACAAAGAAAAAUCAAAUGUAACCAUGUCAACCUAAUAGAAAAGUGAUAUAAUUUGGUGAUUGUAUAAAUAAAAUAUAACUGUAGUGUGGCUAACAUUUAAAAAUAAAGUUUUAUAAUUAGGUUGACAAAAUAAGAAUUAACUGAUUAUAGUAAUAAAAAACAAAUAUAUAUUACAAGUUCUUAAGGUAAAAUAAAAUGAUUGAUUUUACCCAUAAUUUGUUUUGUGAUAUUAUGAAAUGUGAAUAUGUUAUCUAAAUUGAUUGCGGCGACUUAAGUCUAACAUAUUUCUACAAAUUUCUUUAUAGUCAAGCGUUAACAAAGAUAAAAAAGUUAUUUCGUAUGUAAAUACAUGAAUAAUGUUUUCCAAUUCCUCUAUAUGGGAUCUUUGGUUACAAAAAAAGAAGUUAAUUUUACUACUAAGAUAGUUAAAGACCAUUAUUUCUACAUUGAACUCAUAUUUUUCAUAACCAUUCCACUUUUAAUGUUGAAAGUAAAAAUUAGUGCCAUGACAGUUACAAUAAUAUUAAUAAAAAUGUGAUUAUCUCCGUUAACAAUACUUAUUGCAAUUAAAUUUGUUCAAAUAAUAUUUUAUCAAAGUUAUUAUAAGCUUUACAAUUAAUAAGCAAUAAUUACAAUAUAAUCUUAGAGUUUACGUAUGUGCAAUUUCAGAAAAAUUAACCUUAAUGUCAAUUAGUAAAACUACAUUUUAUUUCGAUGGCCUCAUAUUAAAUGUCAUUAUUAUAGUUCACUUUAAAAGAAUUUUCAAAAAAUUUCAUUAUAUAGACAUUGAUAUGUUUAUUAUGGUGCUUCCACAGAUAUAUAUAGGCCUCUGCAUCUCUGACAGAUGAUUUAAGCGGCAUCGCGAAGGCACUUGCGUUCAUGACUGAAAAGACCAAUGCGAGAGAGGAUCCUUCGGCCGCACUUCCGACAAGUGUAUGCGCCCCCAGAUGGGCGGGGGUUUUAAGCCCGCUCAUGACGCCUAGUGCGUUUUUCUUUUAGUAAUUUAAACCAGUCAUUGUCAUGCUUUGAUUGACCUUCGUGAAUAAGGCGUCGCCACUUGGCACGGUCCUCUGCCAGUUCCUCCCAUCGAUUGCUAGGGAUGUUAAACGCAACUAAAUUACGCUUAGCGCAAUCUUUGUAAUGGAGCAUAGGCCGCCCAACAGACCUCUUUGCAUCCACAACCUCUCCCAGUAGUAUUUGCAUUGGAAGACGAGUCUGCUCCAUUCGAUGCACGUGUCCCAGCCACCGUAACCGUUUUUUUUUUGAGAUUGGCCAUGAUGCUAGGCAGCUGUGCUUCGCCUAGAACAGACUCGUUUGUCACGCGAUCCUGCCAUGUGAUGCCCAGAAUGUUCCGAAGACAGCGCAAGUGAAAUGUGUUUAGUCGGCGUUCUUGUUUUGCGUACGUUGUCCACGUUUCUGCUGCAUACAAGAGUGUGCUUAGGACACAUGAUAGGUAAACAAGCAUUUUCGUUUUUACCGUAAGGUGUCUGUUAUCCCAAGCCCUUGUACAGAGCCUCCCGAACGUAGAGGCUGCUUUGCCGAUGCGGAAGUCGAUCUCUGCAUCAAACGAGAGAUUGCUCGACAAAUGCGACCCAAGGUAGCAAAAUUUGUUAACCACCUGUAAAGGUGCGCCUAUAAGCAAGAUGACUGGUUGCUCUAAACAUCCUUGCCCUAAAAUAACGGUCUUCUUGCAGUUUAUGGACAUUGAAAAGAGGUCGCACGCUCUGACAAAUUUGUCCAUUAGACUCUGUAGUUGAGCUUGGUCAUGAGCAACGAAGGCAGCGUCGUCAGCGAAGAGGAGACUGUCUACAAAUAGGUCCUCCCUGUGGCGUUUGGACUUGAGCAUUGAGAUGUUGUACAGCCUACCGUCGGUUCGCGUGUGUAAGUGGAUGCCUUGCUGUUCAUCUCCAAAAGCAACCUUCAGAAGCACCGAGAAGAAUAUUCCGAACAAGGUGGGGGCCAGUGCACAACCUUGACGAACACCACGGCGUACGUCGAAUGGCGUGGAUGUGUUGCCAUUGUGCAGGACGGUGACUUCCAUACCUUCGUGGAACGAUUGCACUAUCCUUAGGAGUUUUGGGGGGCAUCCAAUUCUGAUCUCAUCUCAAUCUCAUCUGAAUCAAUCUCUGAAUCAAUCUCUGCUCACGGAGUCAAAAGCCUUGUUUAGGUCUACAAAUGCAAUGACUAGGGGGAUAUGUUGCUCCCUAUACUUUUCUUGUAGCUGUGUGAGUGAAAAUAUCACGUCGACAGUUGACCGUUGGGACCUAAAACCACAUUGUGCCUCAGGUAAUAUUGUUGUCAUUUGUUUGGGUUUAACUUGUGUUGUCAUUAAUUAUACUGGACAAAUAUAAUAUGGAUAUUGGCCGGUUAACAUAUUCUUAACGCACUAUCGAAUAAUGGGCCAAAAUAAAGUGUGGUCAAUCACCGAAUAUAAUUGUUCUGUUUUUAUAUUUUGUUUUAUUACAAAAUUAAACUGGAGUAACAAUAGUGUGGAAAGCACCCUAAUGAAAAAAUGGUUUACUAAUGUUUAGAAAAACGAAAAUUUUAUUUUGUUCCUUUAAAUAAUAAAAGGGUUUUGCAUAGUGUUUUUCAGUAUCGUAAAAUAUUUUAUGAAACUAUUCAAAAAAUGAGUGUCAUCGUGAAAGGAAGUUAUUUAUGAUAUUGCAUUAUGAUUAUUCUUUACAUUGUCAUUACAUUAAGUUUUCUUAGUUGGGUGUAUUUGGUAUAAAUUAAAUGGUAAUUUCAUCAAAACAUUAUAUUGUCUUACAAUAUUUAUUUGGACUUUAGGAUUAAAUAUGAAUGUUAUUACAAGUUUGUCAUUCUUAGUCUCAUUAAUAAUAAGAAAUUAAUAAGUCAGUUUAAUAUGAUAAAAAAUUGUUGCCGUAUUCAUUGAUUUAUAAAAAUAGUUAUUAGGAAUAUUUUAGUCAUAUCAUAAGAGAUAAUUAUAUUGUUUAUUGUUAUAAAUAUAUUUUAAUAAUAUGUAAAUCAUAUUUUUUUUCAUUAAAAUAUAUGCAUUAAGAUAUAACAUUUAAAGUAACAUUUUCCACUAAAAGAUAUAGAAAUUAAGUUGAUUACAUUUCCUAUUCAUAUGUUUUACGUUCAAGUUAAUAUAAAAAUACUGUUGUUUCAUAACAGAUUAAAUAUAAUCAUUACAUACAUAUUUCUUAUUGAAGUACUAAGUAUAUUUAAGUAUUUUCGAUAAAAAAUAUCUGGAAAUAACUAACAUAAAAUAAACUAAAGAAUAAAACCAUAUAAAUUGGAGGUAUUCUUCGACGUUAUAUUGAUUAUAUAAAUAUUAUUAUUAUAUUAUUUAAAAAUGUCAGUUGUUAUAUUAUCUAUGGAUAUGGAUAUAUGAUUUAUUAAAUAUAGUAAUUGGCAGAGCAUUAUAAUCUUUUUUUUAAUCUGUGUUUUUAAUGUUGUUUUAUUGGUUUAUAAAACAUCGGGUGUGUGAAAAGUAGAAGGUUACAAAUUAGCCAAAUGCCUUUUAUUAUAAGAGAUGUUAUAAAAUUAUGUAUAUUACUUAUUAUAACUAUAAUAUUAUACAAAUACGUCAUUUAUCAAUGUUAAAAUUACAUUUGUAUUGUAGAUUUUCCAAAUAAAGUUUGGACACAAA